CUGGAGUGCAACCAGAAGGGUCAGCAUGGACAGCCUGUCACCCGGGGAACCACUUGACCAUCCUUACCAGGAAAAACAACCUGCCAGGGAGUGGAGGAUUUUCUGUCAGCUCUUAGUGAGAAGAGAAGGCCUCUGCCUGCUGGCGCCUCACCGUAAGGGUCCUGGAAGCACGGAACCUGCCCUGGGCUGACAUGUUGAGUGAGGCCGACCCGUACGUGGUGCUACAGCUGCCAACUGCACCAGGCAUGAAAUUUAAGACCAGAACAGUCACCAACUCCACUCAUCCUGUGUGGAAUGAGACCUUCAGUUUCCUAAUCCAGAGUCAGGUCAAGAAUGUUUUAGAGCUUAGCAUCUAUGAUGAGGACUCAGUCACAGAGGAUGACAUCUGCUUCAAGGUUCUCUAUGAUGUCUCAGAGGUCCUUCCUGGUGAGCUGCUCCGGAAGACCUUCUCCCGUCGUCCCCAGGGAGAGGAGGAGCUGGACGUGGAGUUCCUGAUGGAAAAAACGGACCACCCAGAAAACCUCAUCACCAACAAUGUUCUUGUGGCUCGAGAGCUGUCAUGCCUAGAUGUGCAUCCGGACCUCACAGGGGGUGCUGCUGUGGUCACAGAUCAGGAUAAACUGGAGCUGGAGCUGGAGCUGAAGGGCUCAUAUGAGGACACACAGACAUCUGCCCUGGGCACAGCUUCUACCAUCCGCUUCCACUACAUGGCAGCCCAAGAGACAGAGCUGCGUGGGCACCUGAGGAGCUCCUCAGGCAAUGUCUGGAACUGGGAUAACUCAGCAACUAAUUGGCACUUCACCAUGCCUGUGAGGUCCUUGGCUGAGGGGAAAGAAGUGACCAUUGAUGUUCCUGCUGCAAAUGCCCCAGGAGUGAAGCUGCAGCUCAAGGCAGAGAGCUGCCCCAAGGACUCAGACUUGCACCUGGGCUUUGAUCUGUGUGCAGAGGAGCAGGCCUUCCUGAGCAGGAGGAAGAAGGUGGUGGCCACGGCCCUGAAGGAGGCCCUGCAGCUGGAUAGAGACCUGCAGGAGGAUGAGGUCCCCAUUGUGGGCAUUGUGGCGACAGGAGGAGGUGCCCGGGCCAUGACUGCACUCUACGGCCACCUAUUGGCCCUGCAGAAGCUGGGUCUUCUGGACUGUGUGACCUACUUCAGUGGCACCUCAGGCUCUACAUGGACAAUGGCUCACCUAUAUGGGGACCCUGAGUGGUCACAUAGGGACCUUGAGGGUCCCAUCAGACACAUCCGAGAGCACCUUGCCAAGAGCAAGCUAGAAAUCUUCUCCCCAGAGCGCCUGACAGGCUAUCGCAGGGAGCUGGAGCUACAGGCUAAACAGGGCCACCCUACAACCUUUGUGGACCUGUGGGCCCUGGUGCUGGAGUCCAUGCUACAGGGCCAGGUGAUGGAUCAGAAGCUGUCAGGACAGAGAGCUGCACUGGAGCAGGGUCAGAACCCUCUGCCCCUCUACUUGGGCCUCAAUGUAAAGGAGAACAAUCUAGAGACGCUCGACUUUAAGGAGUGGGUUGAGUUCUCCCCCUAUGAGGUCGGGUUCCUGAAGUACGGGGCCUUCAUCCCUCCUGAGCUCUUUGGCUCUGAGUUCUUCAUGGGGAGGCUGAUGAGAAGACGGCCUGAGCCCCGCAUCUGCUUUCUGGAAGGUAUCUGGAGCAACAUUUUCUCCCUGAACUUGCUGGAUGCCUGGUAUGACCUGACCAGCUCCGAGGAGGGCUGGAAGCAGCACAUCAAGGACAAGAUCAGGAACAUAGAGAAGGAGCCCCCUGCCUCCUCCGGGACUUCCUCAUGGCUGGAGGCCUUGUGGCUGCAGCCGGGAUCAGCCCUGGCCCAGGCAUUUAAGGGCUUCCUGACAGGCAGGCCGCUCCACCAGCACAGCCCCAACUUCCUCGGGGGCCUCCAGCUGCACCAGAACUACUAUAGCCAGAAAGGCUUCUCUACCUGGGCAGACUGCCAGCUAGACUCCAGGCCCAGCCAGCUAACCCCCCAGGAGCCCCAACUCUGCCUGGUGGACCCCUGCUACUUCAUCAACACCAGCUGUCCCUCCAUGUUCCGGCCGGGCCGCAGGCUGGACCUCAUCCUCUCCUUCGACUACUCUCUGUCCUCGCCCUUUGAGGCGCUGCAGCAAACUGAGCUGUAUUGCCGGGCCCAGGGGCUGCCCUUCCCCCGAGUGGAGCCCAGCCCUCAGGACCAACGCCAGCCCAGGGAGUGCCACCUCUUCUCUGACCUCUCCUGCCCUGAGGCCCCUCUCCUGCUGCACUUCCCGCUGGUCAAUGCCUCCUUCAAGGACUACUCAGCCCCUGGUGUCCCACGCAGGCCCUCAGAACUCCAGGCUGGCCAAGUGGAUCUCACAGAGGCCACCUCCCCCUACACGCUGUUCAACAUGACCUACAAGGAGGAAGAUUUUGACCGCCUGCUACAGCUCAGUGACUACAACAUGCAGAGCAGCCAGGGCGCCAUUCUCCAGGCCCUGAGGACCGCUCUGAAGCAGAGGGCCCUGGAGACCAGGCCUCCAGGGGUGCAGACCUGAGGCUGCUCAGAGUCCUCACUGCCCUCAGGGCCACACUGUGACCUUCCAGGGGCUGAGGGCUUAACCCAAUCUGCAGCUACAGCAGUCUUCCAGCUUUACUACUAACAUGCCCAGCCCACAUCUUGGAAUGUGGCUGGAGUUCCCGGCUGUCCCAGGCCUGGGCCACCUUCGCAGCUAGUCUCACUGCCUAAAGGAGGCUAUGCCUCCACCCAAAGUUCUGCUGAGAGUCCUCUGGUGUUUUAUGUACUGUGUGAACACCUCUUAACCUCCCUCACUCAAGAAUACACGCGCACACACAGAUUGGACUCUGGCUGGUUUAAGAAGAGUUGAAAAUAAACUCUUCACUAGGCUAGUGUGUGGAAUAGCUGGUCCAACCAGAUAUAUACAUAAUCACUUUCACGUGGAGUGAAUUUGGGGUGCAAGCUGUAGGUACCAGAUCAGGAGUAGGGAUAAGAAAGGCUGGAGAUGGUCUAACCUGACAGGUGGCUUCAGGCAUCAGAAAUCACAGUAUGUCCUGAACGUAUUCCUGCCCCUCCCCCCCAUAGCUAAAUUUAUUCCUAGCAUUUUGUUCUUCUUGAUGAUGAUGUACAUUGAAUUAUUUUCUUAAUUUUAUUUUCAUAUUAUUCAUUGCCAUUUUAUGGAAAUACUAUUGAAUUUUGUAUAUUGAUCUUAUAUUCAGCCAUCUUGCAGACCUUAUUAUUGGCUCUAACACUUUUUUUUUUUUGCAGUUUAUGGCCGGGGCUGGGUUUGAACCCACCACCCCUGGCAUACCCUACUCCUUUGAGCCACAGGUGCCACCUGGCUCUAACACUUUUUUAUGUAUUCCUAGAAUUUUCUAUAGACAGAUCAUGUCUUCUAAAAAUAGAGAUGAUUUCUUCUUCCUUUCUGAUGUGGGUGCCUUUAUUUCUUUUUCUUUCCUAAUUGCCCUACUAGAGCCUCCAGUACAAUGUUGCAUAGAUGUGGCUGGAGUAGACAUACUUGUUUUGUUCCCAAUAUUUGGGGGAAGGUAUUGUGUUUCUUACCAUUCAAUGGGAUAUUAGUUGUGGGUUUUUCUUAGACAUCUUUUAUCAGGUUGAAGAAGUUCCCUUCUCUUCCUAGUUUGAUUAUUGUUAUUAUAAAAUGGUGUUAAAUCCUUUUGUCAAAUCCUUUUUCUGAGUCUAUUGAGAUGACUGUAUGGAUUUUGUUCUAUAUUCUAUUAGCAUGCUAUAUUACAUUAAUUAAUUUUUGGAUGUUAAACCAUCCUUGUAUUCCUGGGACAAUUUCCACUUGAUCAUGGUAUAUAAUCCUUUUUAUGUACUGUGCGAACACCUCUUACCUCCCUCACUCAAGGGUACACACACAUAACCAAACUCACCCACCACUAUUGCUACCCUGGCCCCAGGUAGGAGUUGCAAUGGGAGUGUUAAUAUAGACCUUGGUUCAGGGAUUGCCCUAACAUGCUGUCCUCUCUCUGCACUUUUCUUUCCUCUGCUUCAUCUGUAUUUUGCUUUAUUUUAAUUCUCCACUUUCUCUAUUUUAUCCAUAAACUCUUAUGUUUUUAACAAUGAUGAUAAUGGAAUUUGCUAUUUUAUUUUAUGCCAGGCAUUUUACAUUAAUGCCCUUAAUUCUCACAACUGCCUAAUGUGUGAGUAUUAUCUCAUAGUAUUAUCUCUAUGUUGUCAAUGAUGAAACUCACAGGUGAGAAAAGAAAAAAGAAUCCCAUGACUUGAUCAGCUGGGAGCUGGCCUGGCACCAGCCUGCUGGGCCAUGGUGUCCUCCUGAUGCAUGCAUCUAUUUCACAGAGCACAAGUGUCAGGCUGUGAUGGAGCAAGAUAGAAACAAGGCCAAUCCAUAAGUUAGUCUGAGCACAGACAAAUGCAUGAGCUCUGUGAAACCACACAAAUGGCCAACAUUGCCCUCUCCCUUUCCACACGAAAGAUUGCUGUUUCUUUACCAAUUAUAGCUUUUUAGCCCUGCCCUCUUCCUCCACCUGCCUUGAUAAAAAUUGUGAAGCAACCCAAUUGUAGAAUUGCCCCCACU